CAUACCGUCCCAUCUUGCGGUCACGCAAAUUAGUUACCCACGUGAUAGCUACGUCAUAGUCUCCAUCCAAUGAGCGACGUCGUAGUGCGCCAGUCGAACGUGACGAGACACGGAAUCAUGGCGCCCAGGAUUCCUGACCUGUGGUGGUAGAUCUCCCUGCAUCGCGAUCUUUUAAAUUGUCCUCACGGUCUGAAGCCCUUAACGGAUUCCUGGAUGAGUAGGCAAAAUACUUUCUCAUGUCAGUUCUGUUUAUCUCGGUGGAAGUGUCGUGGUUUCUUCUUCUAAGUUGGAGACAGAUCGACAUACAUGAUGUCUGAUAUGAGAACAUAAACCACGGUCUGGAUGUCCUGCUGCUGUUCGAUGAGAAAGGUAUUCUGAACAUAACCACCAAAGACUAAGUGACCCAGAGGGAGGAGCGAUGGAGAAGCCAUUCCUUCAGACCCAGCAAUCCACACUGCCCUUCUUUGACACAGCCCAUGCCUUCAACCUGCUUCGGGGAAUCCAUGAGCUUCGUGCCGAACGCAAGUUCUUUGAUGUCACCUUGUGUGCAGAGGGCCGUGAGUUCCACUGCCACCGCACAGUGUUGGCUGCUGCCAGCACCUACUUCCGAGCCAUGUUUGCUGGGACUUUGAGGGAGAGUGCCAUGGACCGCGUGGUCCUGCAUGAGGUGUCGGCUGAGCUACUGGGCCUGCUGGUAGAUUUUUGCUACACGGGCCGGGUCACUGUCACCCAGGACAAUGUGGACCUUCUGCUGAAGACAGCUGAUCUGUUUCAGUUUCCCUCUGUCAAAGAGGCUUGCUGCGCAUUCCUAGAGCAGCGCCUGGAUGUCUCUAACUGCCUGGAGAUUCAGGACUUUGCGGAGGCCUAUGCAUGCCGAGAGCUGGCUGCCAGCGCACGCCGCUUUGUCCUCAAAAACAUCAUGGAGCUGGCUAAAGGAACGGACUUUGAGCGGUUGCCAUGGAAGCGGCUCCUCGAGUUCGUGUCGGACAAUGAGCUUUGUGUGGACAAGGAGGAGACAGCCUAUCAAAUUGCUGUGCGCUGGGUAAAAGCAGAUCUCCAAAGGAGACUGCACUACUGGCCUGAGCUCCUCCAGCAGGUUCGACUUCCUUUCGUCAGGAGGUUCUUCCUACUGGCCCAUGUGGAGAGCGAUCCGCUGGUCUACCUUUCACCAACCUGCCUCCGUAUGGUCAGUGAGGCCCGUAGCUUUCAGUCCUGCGAGUAUGACCGCCAUGACAGACCGUGCCACCGCAUGCGGCCGCGGCCCUCCACCGGGCUGGCUGAGAUCCUUGUGAUGGUGGGAGGGUGCGACCAGGACUGUGAUGAGCUGGUCACUGUAGACUGUUACAACCCUCAAACUGGACAGUGGCGCUACCUGGCGGAGUUCCCUGAUCACCUUGGAGGUGGCUACAGUAUAUCUGCCCUCGGAAAUGAUAUGUAUGUUACAGGUGGUUCUGAUGGCUCUCGCCUAUAUGAUGGUGUGUGGCGCUACAAGUCCAGUGUCAAUGAGUGGACAGAGGUGUCACCCAUGCUGAAGGCCCGCGAAUAUCACAGCUCUUGUGUACUGAAGGGCCAACUUUAUGUGGUGGCCUCUGACAGCACUGAACGCUACGACCAAGCCUUGGACUGCUGGGAGGCCCUGCCACCCAUGCUGCACCCCAUGGACAACUGUUCCACCACCACUUGCAGCGGGCGUCUUUAUGCCAUAGGCACUUUGACAGGAGAGGACACCAUGGCUAUCCAGUGCUAUGAUGCAGACACCAACCGCUGGUCCUUAGUCAACUGUGGUCAACUGCCCCCAUGGUCCUUUGCUCCUAAAACUGUCACGCUCAAUGGCCUCAUCUACUUUGUAAGGGAUGACUCAGCUGAGGUUGAUGUUUACAACCCUCAGAAGAAUGAGUGGGACAAAAUCAGUCCGAUGAACCAGGUCCAUGUAGGAGGUAGUGUUGCAGCACUGGGAGGUAAACUAUACGUAUCUGGUGGCUAUGACAACACGUUUGAGCUGUCAGACGUGGUAGAAGCCUAUGAUACCACCACCUGCACUUGGUCCCCAGCUGGACGACUACCCCAGCCGACCUUCUGGCAUGGCAGCGUCAGCAUAUUCCGCCAGUUCAUGCCCCUUGUGGCCAGUGCAUUCGAACCUGUCGACAUACCUGAGUCGAAUGCCAUCCACUUGCACCGGCACCAACGUAAUCAGGCUCUACACAAUCUCAACAACAAUUUCAACCAAGACCAGAACCAGGACAUGAACGCAGCACACUGAGUUUGGAUCCAGUCAGUCCCUCACCCCUCCAUAGUACCAUUGUUGGUUUAAUGUGAAUUCAAUUCAUCGCAACACCAAAGCUGUAAGGAUAGAGGAGAAUGAGAAUGCACUUUGUGGCUGAGCAUGAAUUUUCUGAGCUCCUUGUAAUCUACUCGCCUGCCAUGCUGUCAUACUGAUCAGCCCUCAUUUCCCUGAACAUACUUGCUGACUAAAUGGAUUGUAGACCGGCAAGAUGUCUCCAUGUAUGGACUUCUUUGUAACGGCAGGGGAUAACUUUGGAUAUUUUUUUUUAAUUUGGAUUUUUUUUCUCAAUUUGCAGUUUAGAAGAGCAAGAGCCAUCAUCCAUUGGAAUCAUUAGCAUUAAUCAGUUUACAUUCCAAAACAUAAAGCAAUUAUAAUUGUUAUCUAGCACUAACUAAGCUUAUGGCUUAGUUGGGUUCAUAAAGAGCUGAUUUGCUGGGAGACAGCGUCCCUACACCCCAAACUGCACUGAGGAAUAUGCAAUUAUCGAGUAGAAUGUGAGAAUAGAUGCAUGUGAUACAACCUUUUCCGAGUUAUUCUGUCACUGAAGAUAACUUACUGGCACCACCUCUUUUUCUCAAUGCCUGGUGUCAUCACUUCUGACCCCUGACAGGGCAAGCUGUAUGACUGACAUAAUGUGCAUGAGGCAGCAUUUUCAUAGAAAAUCAUUUUUAUAAAUGUUGUGCUGUUUUAGAUGUUUACUUAUGGAUUUAUUUAUGCAUUUGUAGAUUGGUAGUGCUUUUUUAUAGCAACAUGUAACAACAGUAAUGACAAGUGGUACGCGUUGGUGGCAGGUCUGCGAUCACAACUGGAAGUGCUAAGAAUCUCUCAAUUGGUUCUUGUGUAAAAUAAUAUUCAGCUUUAACUGAAAUGUUUUGAAGUGUCACUUAAUAGUAAUGCAAUAUAUAUAUAAAUAUAAUAUAUAUUAUAUAUUUAUAUAUAUAUAAAUAUAUUAUUAUUUUAUUAUUAUGUUUUUCGCAGUUUUAAUACAAGUUUGUUUUUCAUAGUUUUCAAAAAGGCUUGUGUUUUGAAACGUUUUUGUAAUUAUCAUAUCCCUUUCCUCAGUGUGGUUAUCAAAAAUAAAACUGCAGGCAGAACUUCAAGCACAAUCUAAAAUUGUUUUUCCACUAGGAUAUUGUGUAGAGGAUUGUCAAAGAAGCUUUGACCUGCACUCAUCCUUAGGAAAAAAAAAUACAUGUGUGCCCUGAUAAGGGCUCAUCGAGCGAUAUCAUCACGUAAGUUUGUGUGAAUGCAAAAUGAUCUAAUUUAUGGACUCUGGAAAAAACUUUGGCAAAAAGACCAUUUCAUGCCAAUUUUCCCAAGUCUGCUCACAAUAUGCACAUUGAUCAAAGGUGGCUUAAUUAAAAAAGAACAAAAAAACAGUCACAAUACAACUACACAAAUAACCUUAAUAGGCAUGCAUGUCACUUUACCAAUAAAAGUAUGAGAGUUAUAACCCA